ACUGGUUGCCCAUCCCAGUUUAUGAAAUCUCUUUAACAAAACCAGGAAUGACAAACAGGUGUGACGUCACCAUAGUGUCCACAAAACUAAAUGAAGCCAGUCGUACAAAGUAGAGGAUAAACAGGUGCAAUCUCAGACUGGAACGGGAAAGUUUUUUAAGGGCCAGACGUACAGACACACAACAGCCAUGGUAUCAAAAGGCCUUGGGUGUUUAAUGGUUACAGUUGUCGUCUGUAACAUAUUUGCAGCAGCGGCAAGCCUGGCUUUGAUGGCAGUUGCCAUUUGGGUAGUAGUCGAUGCAUAUAAACUCUACCCCAUAUCUGCUGGUUCGGGGAAAACUGACAUCUUUGCGGCAGCCUGGAUUGCCAUCUUUACGGGCUUUGCCUUUUUCGUCACAUGCUUGUUUGGCAUCUUCGCUGCGUUGAAACGCAGCCGGGGUCUCAUGCUGACGUACCUUAUCAUAAUGUUCAUCAUCUUUAUAUUUGAAUGUGCGUCGGCCAUCACAGCAGUAACCAACCGAGAUUACUUGGUUGGAAACAGUAAUCUUGUAAAGCAACAGAUGCUACAAAACUAUGCAGCUGACACCACGCAAGGGAAGCAGAUUACAGACACAUGGAACAAAGUUAUGCAAGAUGUUCAGUGCUGCGGUACGGAUGGUCCUAAAGAUUGGAUAGAAUUUCAGUCCACGUACCAAAGCACGUUCGGCACUUCAUACCCCUGGCCUCCAAACUGCUGCAAGAAGUUGAGCAACUCUGAAGUUGCAAAUCCAACAAAUUGUAGAUUGGGCCAGAAUACGGAUUUGUUCACAAAGGGUUGUUUCCAGUACAUUGAAUCUAUGUUAAGUCGCUACGUAUGGGUCAUAAGCUGGUAUGGAUUUGCCGUUCUCAUGUUUGUGUUUUUUAUGUUACUGCUCGCCAUGGUCUACUACACACAGCUGGAUUAAUCUUAUGGACUUGUAGUCGCACCAGAGCGGCUUACACUCACGUUGUUACUUUGAGCAGAAGAAACGGACCCUGUUUUCAGAUUGCACGAUGGUAACAUAUAAAGUAACACUUUAUAAUAAGUUGUAUGUGUUAAAUGCAUCAUAACAUAAACUAACAGUGAGUAGUAUAGUUUUUCAGGGUUUAUUAAUCUUUGUUUAUGUUAGAUGAACACGAAGGAAAAUAUUUUAAGGAAGGGUUGCAACCAAACCGUUCAAGAGCCCCAUUCAUUCUCAUAGUAUUUUUUUCUAAUAUGGAAGUGAAUGGGGCCUCUGACCUUUGCUUACUUGCGUACCCUCUCGAUCCGUGCGCUCUAUCACCGAGCGACGGCUUGUGGUGUCAUCUCAAAAAAAGAAAAAACAUUAUUGCGUACCUUCUCUGGAGCUGUUCCUCAACUGUGGAAUGAUCUGCCGGUCGCGACACAAUCUGCUGACUCUGUAGCUGUCUUAAAGAAUCGGCUAAAAACCCACCUGUUCCGACAUUACCUCACUUCCUAAUAUAGGACUUACUAUCUUUCUCUGUUUCUUGAUCUCUAUCUGUACAUUCUUACAAAAAACUAACCCUUGGCUAUGCAUACUGUGUUAGGGGUUGUGCACACCAAAACUAAAAAAAAAAAAACGCCUAGAGGACACCGAUUGCCAGCUGUUUUUUCAGCGGUGCGCCAGCCUUCUUCAGCUGAGCGCUUUGGAAGCUGUGAUACUUGAGCUGUGAGCCGGUUGGUUGUUGUGAUACUUGUCCCACCCCUCCUCCACUGUGAUUGGACGGCCGUGUGAGAACUGAUAUUGACGAGCAGCGCUUUUCACCCAAAGUUGAAUCUCUUUCAACUCUCGACGCUCAGCGCCUAGCGCGGAAAAACCGUCAGGCGCCAGUUUUCAGUGCGGAAAAAAACGCUAGCUGCUGGCUUAUUUGAAAAACGCUGAGGUUCCUUUGUAAACAAUUGAAAACAUGCACUGGCCGUGGGCGUAAAAGCUUUGGUGUGCACGCCCCUUUAGACUUGAUGAGACUAUUCCCAGUGCACUUAUGUAUUGCUGUUCUUGUGUUGCUAUAAUUGCUUCUAUUGUUUACCUCAUUUGUAAGUCGCUUUGGACAAAAGCGUCUGCUAAAUGACUAAAUGUAAAUGUAAUGAUGAUCGGUUUGGUUACAAACAUUCCUUAAAAUAUCUUAAUUUGUGUUCAUCAGAUUAAAGAAAUUUAUACAGGUUUGUAACAACAUGAGAGUGAGAAAAUGAUGACAGAAUUUUCAUUUUUGGGUGAACUAUCGCUUUAACUAAUGUUAAGUUUUUUAUUUUAUUUGAAAAAUGUGUUAGUAAAUGCUGAAAUUAACAUGAACUAAGAUUAAAAAAUGCUGUAAAACUAUAGAUCACUGUACAAAUACAACAUUAUUGUCAAGUGUUAGAGAUUAUAAAUACACCUGUGGUUAUUUAUUUCGAAGUCAUUGAUUUAUUUCAAAGUACAUUAUUGUUAAUCUGCUAAAAUAGCAUUACUGUAAUUUAUUAUUCAUGCUGCUUUUUCCUCAUAAUAACUGAGAUUACUUUUAAUUUUUGCUCUUUAAUAAACGUAUGGCAUACCACUAGAAGUGAUUUAUAUACUUCAUAAACUGUAUAAUGUGGAUUACCAGAGAAAAUCAUUUUGAUUGCCCCACCCUUUAAAAACCUCGAUGCAAGUUAAAAUGGU